GUAAGAGCGAAGGUGCGGAGAGAAAGCAGAAGAGAGGGACAAGUGAUCGAGAAAGAGAGAGAGGAGAGAGAAAAGCAAAACACAGAACAGAAAACGUAGAUGACUAGAGCAUCAGCCUGAGAGGCAGCUGCGCUGGACGAAUGAGGAAAGGAGUGAAAGAAAGGAUAAAUGGAUAGAAUGGAGGCAGAGAACGAGUGAAAGCAGCUCACUGCAGCACCUGUGAGCCACAGCCAGAAAACAGCAGCAGCAGCGCCGUCAUCAUCAUCAUCAUCCGCAGCAGCACUCCAGCCUCAUUGACUUUGCUUUACCAAAAGCCAGACGCGAUGGCAGCCUUAACCCGUAGGGCUGGAGGUCCGAAUCGCUAAUUGAAGGAUAAAAUGCCCACCAGAGCCUCUGCACUGGCCCCUAAAGCCCUCAUUCGUUCAGCAUGCGCUGGGAUAGCUCGCUCACUCGCUCACGUGGAAACAUCGGAACUCUCCGUCCCCACGGCAACAGCCACAGUGCAGCUAGCCCUGUUAGCAUUAGCUCAAGCAAUAGCAGGGACAUCAGGUAGCAGCUCACUAAGGAGCUUAGAGGGCAAGUACAGUGCUGACAUUAACUCUAGUAAGUGGUCGUAGUAGUAGUGGUAGUAGUACAAGUAGCUCAACAGACAUUUAAGCAUGAUAGAGAUUAUGUUAUGUUUAGAUUUGUAGACUUUUUUUAAUUACCUUAACUUUAGCUGUUUUUUGAGGGCUUUAGGGAAAUUGAAGAGACUUUUUGCUGUAUUUACACUAGUUGUAGCAUAUGUAUCACCAGUAUGAAAAGCUAAUGUGCUCUCAGGUUUAGUUUAAUUGUUUUCCAGUACUUUAGUUGUAGCUGUAGUGUUAGUUUGCACUAGGUAGUAUUUAGUAGUGCCUGUUGUAUGAUUGUAAUUAGUGGUCAGCUGCGUUUGUGGUUGGUAUGGUGAGGAGAGCGGACGCUCUUACCCUACUGGCUGAUGAAGGCCUCCUGGAUACGGCUGCUGAAAAGAGCAAAGGGGGGUCGAGUCAAGAACGAUAUUGGAGGUUCGGCAGACUCAUACACCAGUCGACCGUCUGACUCGGAUGUGUCUCUGGAGGAGGAUAAAGAGGCUCUGCGCAGAGAGGCUGAGAGACAGGCUCAGGCACAGCUAGAGAAGGCCAAGACAAAACCCGUAGCGUUUGCUGUUCGGACAAACGUCAGCUACAGCCCUUCCCUCGAAGAUGACGUCCCUGUGCCUGGAAUGGCCGUCUCUUUUGAUGCUAAAGAUUUUCUUCAUGUAAAAGAGAAGUUUAAUAAUGACUGGUGGAUUGGCCGCUUGGUGAAGGAAGGCUGUGAGAUCGGCUUCAUCCCCAGUCCAGUGAAGUUAGAAAACACGCGCAUCCACCAGGAGCAACGAGCCAAACAGGGAAAAUUCCACUCCAGUAAAUCAGGGGCAAACUCCUCGUCUAGUUUAGGGGAAGUGGCUCCAAACUCUCGGAAGUCUACUCCUCCGUCCUCAGCCGUGGAUAUAGACGCUGCGGGUUUAGAGCCGGAGGAGCCCGACCCUCCUCCCCAGCAGCGUUCUCCUAAAGCCAGCCCAAACACAGUCAUAUCCCCUUUAGCCCGCGAGAAACGAAUGCCCUUCUUUAAGAAGACGGAGCACAUCCCCCCAUAUGACGUUGUGCCCUCCAUGAGGCCGGUGGUCCUGGUGGGACCCUCGCUCAAGGGCUAUGAGGUAACGGACAUGAUGCAGAAAGCAUUAUUUGACUUUCUGAAGCACAGAUUUGAGGGAAGGAUAUCCAUCACACGGGUGACAGCCGACAUUUCUCUGGCCAAGCGGUCUGUUCUGAAUAACCCCAGUAAACACGCCAUCAUUGAACGAUCCAACACGCGCUCCAACCUUGCUGAGGUACAGAGUGAGAUUGAGAGGAUUUUUGAGCUGGCGCGGACGCUGCAGUUGGUGGUCCUAGAUGCUGACACUAUAAACCAUCCAGCUCAACUGGGCAAAACCUCACUCGCUCCGAUCAUCGUCUAUGUCAAGAUCUCCUCUCCAAAGGUGUUACAGAGACUGAUAAAGUCUAGAGGGAAGUCUCAAGCCAAACACCUCAAUGUGCAAAUGGUGGCAGCAGACAAACUGGCUCAGUGCCCUCCAGAGCUUUUUGAUAUCAUCUUGGAUGAGAAUCAGUUAGAAGAUGCCUGUGAGCACAUGGCAGACUAUUUGGAGGCCUACUGGAAGUCCACUCAUCCGGCCAGCAGCGCUCCAGCUAACCCAGUCUUAGACAAACUUGCCACCUCCACUGCGGCUCAGUCGGCCAGUCCAGAAACACUGUCCAACCUGCAGCUCCAGGGCAUGGGGAGCAACCCGAAAGUGGAGAAGUCGCUGGGCGAGCGGAAGGGCUCUCAAGAAGACCAUCAUCACCACCAUCACCGUCAUCACCAUCGACUGCAAAAGCAGGGCAGUCUGGACCACGCCGAGGAUGAUGACGCUGAGGAGGAAGAGCCAGUGGCCAUGGAAGAACAGAGACCGUUACGGAGCGGGCGGAGAGCACCACACGUACACCACCGCUCUUCAUCCACACGGACCGAACACCACAACCAUCACCAUCACCACCAUCAUCAUCACCACCACAACCGCACAGCACGGACGCUUUCCAGGCAGGAGACGCUGGAGAGCAGAGAUUCUGCUUACACUGAGCCACGAGCUAGCCACGCACACACACACUCGCACCCACACGCGCACACACACCACCCCCGCGAGGAGGAGGACGAGGAGGAGGAAGAGGAGGAGGAGGAGCCGCCUCUUCAGCACAACCACCAUCACCAUCACCAUCAUCACCGUGGAGACAGAGAGAGGGAGCAUGAGCACAGUGAAAGAAACAGCCGGCAGCGUGCUCCACAGAGACCGCAACGAGAACGCUACCACGACUAAGAGAGACAGCGCUCCGCUGAGGGAGAGAAGAAAAGAGGAGAGACAGAGUGGGCGAGAGAUCAUUACAUAGAGUAGUGACACACCCACACACAAACACACAAUCACAACCACAACCACAAACUGCAUCAAACGUAACACACAUGCGCCAUUAUAAAAGUAAACUACUGUCAGGUCCACAAUUAUUGCCAACAUUGAUGAGUUUUAUAAAAAACAUCAUAGAAAACAGUACUGAGAUUAGUUUUAGCAGGGCCAGAUGUGAUUCCAUAACAAGAAUACACAUCUGGGGACAACCUGUUAAACUUUUGAGGCGAAAUCAAGGGGACACGCCCUCUAAAACCCACCCCCAAAUUCCUCUAGUCUGCGCUCUUUUAACAUUUACCGUUAG